AUGAAGCUAUUUGUUGCUGCAACGUCAGCUUCGGCUGUUACAGCAUUUCAAUGCUACGAAUGUUCUGAUCAGACAAUCAACGAUGUCAACCCUUGUGGAACUAUAAGCGAAAAUGAUAAUCCUGUAACUUGCGAGAGCGACAUCGGGUGCUUUGGCACCGAUGUUAUUGCCUUUUCGGAGAAUUAUUCUGAUGGAUCACUCGAGAUCAUUACACGAGGAUGCGUAAAUAAUACCGAAGAGGUCAGUCAAGGAUGCAUCUACUACAAGGCAGGAGAUACCGUUACUGACGAGAAUGGAGAUGAGAUUACGAUUGAAAACGAUAGUGAGAUUUGCUCGAUGCACUGUGAAGAAGAUCUUUGCAACGGAAUGAAUGCUGGAGGUCCAUGUGUUGUUAAAGAAUCUUACGAAUUCCUUAACAGCUGGAUGGUCCACAUGCAGCCACUUUAUACAGCUUCUGCAAAUGCGAACUGGGCGAACAAUAUCGACAUCAGCGAUGAUAAUGCUGCUGAGGCUGGGCGAGUUGACGCUGAACUCGCUCGAUGGGCCACUCAAACUGGAAGCUGUGGAAAGGCACAUUUUAAGACUGACAAAGGAUAUGACAUCCACGCCGAUCCAAAUGAAGAGUCAAUUUGGAAAAAUGAGCUCCUUCAAGAACGAGCUUUAGACAUGAUUCUCAAUGUUGGGCCAGCUGCUCUUGAAUCUGAAGAAUUCAAAACAUACAAUGGUCUUCUUCAACAGAUGCAGGCUCACUACUCAACUGCGAAGGUUUUAAUCGAAAAUGACUACAGUGGUGAUGAAGUCGAUCUCAGCCAAAUCGAAGAAAUUAUGUAUGUUGAUGCAGGCAAAGGAUCCGAUGAUAACUAUGAGCAGAUGCGACAUCUUUGGGAAGGAUGGCACAAUACUGCUAACGAGCAAAAAGCUAGCUACGAGCAAUUUGUUGAGCUAAGCAACAAAGGUGUUGUAUCGAGUGAUAUGGAUCACCCUGAUACUGGUGCUUACUGGAGAUCUUGGUAUGAAGAUGACGAUUUCGAAGCAAAUAUGGAAUCGCUCUGGGGCGAAGUCAGCGAAAUUUACGAGAAACUUUUCGUCUACGUCCGAGGUCGCAUGAACGCUCAUUAUGGUGAAGAACGUGUUGCCGCAAAAGAACCUAUGCCAGCACACAUCUUCGGAAACAUGUGGGCUCAGGACUGGAGUGCUCUUUACCCCUUUGUUGUCCCACACCCAGAAGCAGGUGAACGACCAGAUGCCACUGAUGCGCUUUCAGGAAAGACUGAAAAACAAAUGUUCGAAAUGGCAGAUGAAUUUUUCCAAGGCCUCGGACUCCCCGCUAUGACUCAGACUUUCUGGAAUGAAUCUGUAAUUGAGAAACAAGACAAUAUGGUCUGUCAUGCUUCAGCAUGGGACUUUUUUGUCGGUGAUGCGAUGAGCGCAGUUGAGGCCGAGGGUGACUACCGAAUCAAGCAGUGCACCGUCAAGACUCACUCUGACUUCGUUACGGUCCACCACGAAAUGGGUCAUAUUCAAUAUUACCAGAACUAUGCCGCUCAGCCCAUCGUAUUCCGAAACGGUGCCAAUCCAGGCUUUCACGAAGCUAUCGGUGAUACAAUCGCUCUCUCCGUGAACACUCCUGCCCAUCUCACAAAUGUCGGACUCUUAUCUGGCUACGAAGAAUCCAAAGAAGCAGACCUCAACUACUUGAUGCAGACCGCUUUGACUAAGAUUGGUUUCCUUCCCUUUGGCUACGUCACUGAUCUUUGGCGAUGGAAGGUAUUUAGUGGUGAAACUAAGCCAGCUGACUACCAGAAGAGCUGGACCGAACUUCGAAACCAGUACCAGGGAAUCGUCCCUCCAGUAGAACGGGAUGACGGUGAGAACUUCGAUGCUGCUGCCAAAUUCCACAUUCCUAACAACACUCCUUACAUCCGAUAUUUCGUCUCCCACAUUCUCCAGUUCCAAUUUUACGAGAAGAUGUGUGAGGCUGCUGGAUGGAAUGAAGAACUCUACAAAUGCACUUUUGCCGACAGCAAAGAAGCUGGUGACCUUCUCAAACAAAUUUUGGAACCAGGAAACUCAGUGGACGCCAACACUAUCCUUGAAUCAGUAGGAAUCAAGAAAAUGUCAGCCGACUCCCUCAAGAAAUAUUUCGAGCCUCUCAUUGCGUACCUUGACGAAGCUAACAAAGAUUAUCAUAAAGACUUCCCAAGCAGCCCGAGCAAGUGGAUGCCAUGCGCCGCUGGCAAAUGCCCGCCAAAGAAUGACGGAAGUAAUCAUGCCACCACUACUAUUCUUAGCUCUGCCCUCCUCGCCCUAUUUGCUCUUCUUUGGUAA